AUGGGAAGCUCCGUUGCCUGCCUUGGCCGACUCAUCGAUGCAAGAGCUGACUUGAAUGAACAGUAUGAGCCUUCUGCCGCAGAUCCGUUGGGCUUAGUGAUGAAGCUCAAGGGUCUGCAGUAUCAGAUCAGCAAGGUUCCCACCAUCCUCUCCACCGUAGGAUACCACCAUUAUGGCUCCACGCCCCUGAUGGUUGGAAUAAUGUGUGGCAACUUUGAGACUGCAGUUGCACUCAUUAUGAAGAAAGCGCGGCUCGACUUGAAGAAUGUCCGCAACAAGACAGCGCUAGACCUCGCACACGAGCUGCAAGCCCCCGACUAUCUGGUCAACGCUCUCCGGGAGCCCGCAAGUUUAGAAACGAGACUGCCAGUCGGCCAGCCAAUGCAGCCCAAUGAUUCACAGGAAUCCUUGCAAGAGCAUUAUCUUUGUAGUUGCCUGCUGGAUGCUGGAAGUGGUGAUUCGGCUGGCGAGCUUCCUCUUUUUCCUUCUUUUUCAGCGGACAUAUCUCGUGUUCUCUUCCCAUCUGGUGUUGCAAGCCUUCUUUUUGAUUCCCGAGUCCUGCAGCCUGAGAAUAUCCCGGUGGACUCGGGGGACAGGGUUUCUCUGAGCAUCGCGACUGGGUGA